UUUCCAUUUUCAACAUCCAUAACAAAUUCUGUAUCUAUACAUUCAUUAAUUCAUCAUCUUUUUUUCAAGAUUCAAUGGACCCUCAAAAGAUCAUCUCAAAGGGUGUCAAAAACACUAAAGAAAAUCAAGAAACAGUGAACCGUCGAAUUAAUAAGCUUACCUUACACCUAAACCCGGUUCAAGAAUUUGACACACCGGUUCAUCAUGACUUGGAGUUGCUAAGAUGCGCUGCUAAGGUGAAGGCUAUUAUUAACGUGAACACUGUGACACUAGGGGAGUACAUGAGAGGUAAACAUAGGGAUAUACAAGAACAAGUAUUUGGUUAUUUUAAUUCAAGAAAGGAACUGCAAACACCAAUUGAGAUAUCAAAAGAUGAACAUAGGGAAUUGUGCAUGAAACAACUUGUAGGAUUGGUUAGGGAAGGUGGGAUAAGACCAUUUAAGUAUGUGAUUGAUGAUCCAGCUAAGUAUUUUGCUAUUGUUGAAGCUGUUGGAAGUGUUGACAUGUCACUUGGUAUCAAAAUGGGUGUUCAGUACAGUCUAUGGGGAGGUUCGGUUAUCAACUUGGGAACCAAAAAGCACAGAGACAAAUACUUCGAUGGCAUAGACAAUGUGGAUUACCCGGGCUGCUUCGCAAUGACAGAACUUCAUCAUGGUUCAAAUGUUCAAGGUCUUCAGACAGGUGCCACCUUUGAUCCAUUCACAGAUGAAUUCAUAAUUGACACGCCAAAUGAUGGAGCCAUUAAAUGGUGGAUUGGUAAUGCUGCCGUUCAUGGAAAGUUUGCAACAGUUUUUGCAAAACUGAUGUUACCAACUCAUGAUACAAAAGGUGUUACCGACAUGGGUGUUCAUGCAUUUAUUGUACCAAUAAGGGAUAUGAAAACCCACAAAACACUGCCAGGGAUUGAAAUACAAGAUUGUGGCCAUAAAGUUGGCUUGAAUGGAGUAGAUAAUGGUGCGUUAAGAUUUCGUUCAGUAAGAAUUCCACGUGAUAACCUUCUUAAUCGAUUUGGAGACGUCUCACGGGAUGGGAAAUACACUAGCAGCCUGCCUACAAUUAGCAAAAGAUUUGCUGCCACCCUUGGAGAACUUGUUGGUGGUAGAGUUGGCCUUGCGUAUUCGUCUGUGGGUGUUCUCAAGAUUGCUGUUGUUAUUGCAACAAGAUAUUCUCUACUGCGCCAACAGUUCGGUCCUCCCAAACAACCUGAAGUUAGUAUACUUGACUACCAAUCUCAGCAGCACAAGCUUAUGCCAAUGUUGGCUUCAACCUAUGCAUUCCAUUUUGCAACACUGCAUCUGGUGGAAAAAUAUUCUGAAAUGAAGAAGACUCAUGAUGAAGAACUGGUAGGGGAUGUACAUGCACUUUCUGCUGGGCUUAAGGCCUAUAUCACUUCUUACACACAGAAGUCAUUGAGCACAUGUAGAGAAGCUUGUGGCGGCCAUGGUUAUGCCGCUGUCAAUAGGUUUGGAAGUUUGAGGAAUGAUCAUGACAUAUUUCAGACAUUUGAGGGAGACAACACCGUUCUUCUGCAGCAGGUAGCCGGUCUUCUGUUGAAGCAGUACAGGGAGAAAUUCCAAGGUGGGCAGCUCACUGUCACGUGGAACUACCUAAGACAGUCCAUGAAUUCUUACCUCUCUCAGCCUAACCCAGUAACGGCUAGAUGGGAAGGUGAAGAUCACUUACGAGAUCCUAACUUCCAGUUGGAUGCUUUUAGGUAUCGUACGUCAAGAUUGCUUCAAAGUGUAGCUAUCCGGCUUCAGAAGCACUCCAAGACUCUUGGAGGAUUUGGUGCUUGGAAUAGAUGUUUAAAUCACCUCUUGACGCUUGCAGAGUCUCAUAUCGAAUCUUUCAUCCUUGAAAAGUUCAUUGAAGCAGUCAAAAAUUGUCCUGAUGAAAGUUCUCGUGCUGCCCUAAAACUCGUGUGUGACCUUUAUGCCUUGGAUAGAAUCUGGAAUGACAUAGGAACUUAUCGCAAUGUGGACUACGUGGCCCCUAACAAAGCUAAGGCAAUUCACAAGCUAUCAGAAUAUCUAUGCUUCCAAGUUAAGAAUAUUGCAAGAGAACUUGUGGAUGCCUUUGAUCUUCCAGAUUACGUUACGCGUGCUCCAAUUGGUGUGCAGACUCCAUCAGAAGCUUAUUCACAGUAUACUCAAAAUGUUGGGUUCUAGUUUCUAACAUAAGUGGGCAAGUUAUACUGUUGCCUAUAUUUUUUUUUUCCUUUUCUGGUUUUCAUAAUCCAAGAAGUUCCCCAUUGUCUGUGGAUUGUGGUUAAGAAGUUCCUUCUAAGUAUACUUUGUAUCCCCAUUAUUUAUCAUGGUGUCAAGCUUCCUGUAUCACUUUUAUCUUGGUAAGCAAGCUUGAUGAGUUCUUGUUGUCAACAAGUUCUUAUAGGCAAAAUUGAUGUACUUAUCUAAACGUUAAAUGUGGAAUAAGAUCUAAAGGUGCUAUACUGGUA